GACAAUGACAGCACAAGUUGCCUGCCCCUGGGGCCCACCAGGAACAUCGAUAACGUGAGGCCCAGCAGAAGCCGCGCUGGCAUGGAGGAAGCAUCAGCCAGUUUUGAAGACGGCGCCACAUGGGUUUUACGAUUUCAUUCGAGUUGCCGAAGUGCCCGCCGUUUUACUGGCUCUCUCAUCCUUUGCACAGACUGCGCAUGCGCGAUCAUUCAGCAAAGUUCUGUCUCAGAAAGACGCUAGUGCCCCGGAGCGUCGUCACCAGCCAUGACUGAACAAAGAAGCGGUGGGCGAACGCCUGCCGCGUUUGCCUUCAUCGAAGAAGCAACCCCGGGUACAAGCCGUGAAGGCGGCGAGGGAGCCUCAGGCACUUGCAACGAUAUCCCUGCGUAUAUUGACGAGUACAUCAAUGACGCGUUGAAGGCAUUGAAGCGCCAGACCAAUGCCACUGACGUCAAUGAUGCCACUGACAGUGGAAGCACCAACUACGCACCUGUUGUGUCCACCGCUAGUGCCGUUCACGCCUGGCCCAGAACGAGCCACGCUGGCAUCGAGAAACUAUCGUCUACUACGAAAGACACCGCGAGCUGUUCUGACGACGCCUGGCGUUGCCAGCGGAACGCGCUGCACAGGCCUAUAACAAACCAGACGUACAACCUCGACGGUGCCUAUUCCAGCGGUAUCCCUAGUCACCUGCACCUGGGGACCAAAAGCAGCAUCGGUCACAAAACGACCAGCACAAGCCCCGCUGGAAUGGUGGAGGCAUCAGCAAGUUUACAAUACGGAGCCAGAAAUCCUCAGACCACGGGGGUUCACCAACGCAACACGCAGUACUACACGACUGCACGCACAUCCACCAUCCAGGCUCCGAUUUCAGGGUAUGCACACAACAGAGAAACCGGAAGCACCAGUUUCACACAUCCAGUCUGCAGCAGCAGCGGCGGUGGCCAGUAUGCAGUGGCCAGUACAGGCCAUGCGGGCACGGAGGAAGCAUUGGGCAUUCUGGGAAAUGAUGCUAGAAUUCCUGACGCCACCGGCGCUGAGCCAUGGAGUACGCAGUACUACGCGGCUUGUGGCACAACUACAGUCUCCGGCCAUACACAUGUCAGUGAAAGCGGAAUCACCAGUUCCCCAUUUAUGGCGUCCAGCAGCAGCGUCAAUCCCGCACAGCCCAGUACUAGCCGCGCUGGAAUGGAGGAAGCAUCGGCCGUUCCGGAAAACAUCGCUAGGAAUGCUCCUGGGACCAGAGGAACGGAACAGCGAGAGUUGUGUGGUGCCUAUGGCAACGUUUCGAGCAGAGCUGACGCCUUACAUGGGCAUGCCAAGGAACCCACGAAUGACACAGCCCAGAUUUGCAAAGCCUGUGAUCAAUCGUCUGUGAAGAUGUCUAAGUCUGUCGAACUUUGCCACAACCUCACUGGCAAAAAACACAAAUGCGAAGCCUGUGGCAAACAGUUCCGAUGGGCCAGUGAUCUAGCUAAACAUCACCCUACGCACACAGACGAGAGACGCUACAAAUGCGAAAUAUGUGAAAAAAAGUUCCGGCAGGCUGGUCAUCUAAGUAACCACAGGCGCACGCAUACAGAUGAGAAACCCUACCUUUGCAUAACAUGCGGAAGAACGUACAAGUGGCCGUACGAUCUCCGUAAACAUGAGCGCACUCACGCAGGGGCGAACCGCCAUACAUGCCAAAAAUGUGCUAAAUCAUUUGAAAACAAAUAUAACCUCAAGAGACAUGUAGGCACACAAUGUGGAAACAGCGCUUUCAUUUGCGAUAUCUGUGAUCGAUUCUUUAUGAGAAAUUCGGAUCUUCUUCGUCACCACCGAAAAAAGCACGCGGAUGAAACACCGUAUGAGUGUACGCACUGCGGAUGUCGAUUUGCAGACCAAGAAACACGCGAUAGGCAUGUGUGCCAGAAGGAACGCAGGAUGUGAACGAUGCCGUCAGGUUUUUCGAAAUUGUGCGAAGAGACCUCGUCGCCAGAAGUAUUUGGGGUGCUUCGAUGUCGAAAGAUACUGCAGGUCCUGGCCAGCACUCACUGGCUCAUGAACGAUCUUGUUGGUGAAUGUUGCUUUAUCAAACUGACUUUCAGACAAACCCUAAUUGGCUGCAAGAUAGUAUUUUGUGUAAUUAGAUGCUGAAAUCUCUACAAAAGAUCAGUGACCCCCAUUUGGUUUGAGAAACUUCUUGUGCAGGUCUUUUGACAGUGUACCAGCGAAGAAGAUUUUAUGAAACGUAUUCUUAAUUAUAUUGCAGCGUAAACAGAAUGGAAUAUCUCUCUUUAGCAAGCAUUUGAGAAAGGAGGUACUGUAUUCUUGUGAACUAAAAAGUAAUUUCUGCCAUUAAUCGAGGUCCAGAGGCAAAAUUGCCUUCGAGAGAAAGCACUUGCAGAUGCAAUUGCGACAAUGCUGAACUACAUCGUACGCGUAUUAAAAGUAUCUGGUUGAGAAAGUUUGUUCAAUGCAUUGACCGUUCUUUGGCGCCUGUAUUCAUACCGAAAAUGUUUUUUCUAUGCCAUAAAAUAGGCCGAUGACGAUAGUGAGGCAGUACUAGACUCAGAUCAUUUGGAAAUUCAUUAUAUGACAUGGUCUCCCCUAAGGAAAAUUUUGUUGUUUUAUUGUGGCAGGACUUCUGAUUUUUAAUGGACAGCUUUUUAUCCACUCGUAGUAGCAGCUCUAUAAUCUUUUUAGCCUGAUGGGACAGAAGUUUCUGUACAAAAUGACAAUAAAUGCUUGACAUGACAAGUAA